AUGACGUUCCUUCUUUCCAUUGGCACUGCUCCUCGUUCAUUUUCUCCAAAACACAAAUGCAAGAACGAAUGUUGUCAUCAACAUCAGUUAAGUGGUGAUGUCAUUGCGUUUGGCGUGGCUCCCUUUUUGAAUCAAAGUGAUUACAUUCGACUUGCAGGUGUGUGUGCAGAAUGGAGAAAGGCUCUGUUAAUGACGACAACCAAAGCUUCAACAGGUCUCCACCCAUGUUUAGAACGAGUGUAUAGCAAUCGACUGAGACGUGAGAAGUUUCUUAAAAAGACGAAGGGCAAACACGACAUUUUUCAAUUAUUCUCCAAGUUUGAAUUUAGAGAUUGUCAUUUGACAAGAGCACAUUUCAAAACUAUGUUUUAUGCUGAAACCAUUUCCUCUAUACAGUUAUGCCACACGAAUUUUGUUUCAAGUAGUAUUCCACCGAAUCAUGUGGAUUUGAAAACAUUGAAAGAUUUACAUUUGAUCAACAUUGGCCUUUCGAUGAAUGAUAUUAGAAACAUGAUGCAAGGAUUGUUCCAUUUUAAGAAAUUGACCCUCACCAAUAAUGGACUGGAUCAUCGAGGCAUUUCUCUCUUGUUAAAGGCAAUUAUUCCAAUCUUGAAUCAUUGA